UUCAACUCCUUCCUUCAGGCAAAGAGCAAAUUGCCCUAGCUUCCCCCAAUGAAAGCAAACACUAGCCUCCACCAAUAGUUGUCCCCGUCUGUCGGAGUGAGAGACUGCUGCCGCCGUCUGUCGCACUCAAGAACUUCCGUCUUCGUUCUCUCGGGCCUCUCGCCGGAUCCUCCACGUCGGGUGCUCGCAUCUCGCCGUUCUCCUCUGUGCUCGGCUGCUCGCGCCUCCCUUCGCCAGUGAGUGCUCGAGCUGUGCGUGUAGGUUGCUGCUCGUUGUCCGUGGUUGUCUCUGCUCGAUUCUGCCUCCCAGUCUCACUCGAGUCUCGUCUCAGUCACUGGCAUCUCGUGGUUCGUCUGUCUCGUCGCCGGCGGCAGAAGCAACUCGUGGGGGUGUCUCUUGCUUCGUCGCCUUCCGUGGGGUGGUCGCCGACUCGCCGUCGACCGUUGACCCUCUACCUCCUUAUCAUCAAUCAACUUACCGCGUACUGCCGCCUGACCUCUCUUUUUCAGCUUCCCCAACUACAAAUUAUUGAUCAUGUCGGAAAAAUUCUCGGCGGCGCUUCGGAUUGGGGACCUCAACGAUUUCAUAGCGCCGUCUCAGGCAUGCAUAGUAUCGCUCAAGGGCUUGAAAGCAAACGCCAACAAGCCCGAUUCCGAGGUUUUAGUUGGCAGAAACAAGCAAGUUCAGUCAGAGCCUGUUAAGAUUUCUCUAAAGGAUUGUUUGGCAUGCAGUGGCUGUGUGACAUCUGCGGAGACAGUUAUGCUGGAGAAACAAAGUUUGGAUGAGUUCUUAUCUAAUAUUAACAAAGGAAAAGCAGUGAUUAUGUCUGUUUCUCCCCAGUCAAGGGCCUCCCUUGCAGCUCAUUUUGGCAUUUCUCCCCUUCAGGUUUUCAAGAAGCUGACAAGAUUUUUCAAAUCAUUGGGAGUGAAGGCAAUUUUCGAUACAAGUUGCAGUAGAGAUUUAACCCUUAUUGAAUCUUGUAUGGAGUUCAUGUCAAGGUACAAACAGAGUCAACUGUCUGAUGAUGAGAAGAAUAAGUCGAGCCUACCUAUGAUUGCUUCUGCAUGCCCAGGUUGGAUAUGCUAUGCAGAGAAGCAACUUGGGUCGUUUGUUUUACCAAAUAUUUCAAAAGUAAAGAGUCCACAACAAACAAUUGGAGCCAUCAUAAAACACUAUUUAUGCCAAGAUAUGGGGCUUAGGCCUGAAGAAAUUUACCACGUCACUGUUAUGCCUUGUUAUGAUAAAAAGCUUGAGGCUGCUAGGGAUGACUUUGUUUUCCAUCCGGAGUCCCAUGAUGAAGGGAGUGGGAAUGAAGAUAACAUGAUGACAGAGGUCGAUUCGGUACUCACAACAGGAGAAGUUUUGGAAUUGAUUCAGUUAAAAGAAGUUGAUUUUCAAAGCUUAGAAGAAUCUCCUUUGGAUAGACGGUUGACAAAUAUUAAUGAAGAAGGUUACCUUUAUGGGGUCCGUGGAAGCUCUGGGGGUUAUGCAGAAACAAUUUUCCGAUAUGCCGCUAGAACUUUUUUUGGAAGACAGAUUGAUGGCCCUCUGAACUUUAGAAAUAUACGGAAUUCAGAUUUUCAGGAAGUUACACUUGAGGCGGAGGGGAAAACAGUGUUGAGAUUUGCUCUCUGUUAUGGUUUCCGGAACCUGCAAAAUGUUGUCAGAAAAGUUAAAACUGGUAAAUGUGACUAUCAUUUCCUGGAGAUCAUGGCAUGCCCUUCAGGUUGCUUGAAUGGCGGAGGUCAAAUUAAACCAAAGAAAGGGCAAUCUCCCAAAGAAUUGAGCCAGUUGUUGGAAACUAUUUACAUAGAAAAUGUUCGUGUAGCAGAACCAUUCGAUAACCCCAUCGUAAGAGGCUUAUAUGACAAGUGGCUUGAGCAGCCUGGCUCCGAUAAAGCCAAGAGACACCUUUACACGCAGUACCAUCCCGUCGAGAAAAGCAUUACCUCUCAAUUGCAUAAUUGGUGAGAAAAUUUCAGAAGUGAAGUUUGAACAGAAAUGGGGUUGAAAGGAUCAGGACCUUUUUCCCAGUAAUUUUCUUCAAUUAAUCUUGUGGUAUCAGAAGGGUUAAUGGGUCAUCAUCAUCCAAUUUUGGUAGUGGGCAGUUUUUUUUUCUUAUGUAUAUAUAGUUUACACCCUCCAUAUUUAUACCAACCCCAGUCAGCACCAGUGAGUUUUGUAUUGUAUGCCCUUCAUCUCAAGUCUUAACCCAAUUAGAUUGUAAAUGGAAAAAUCACUCAGAUAUUUGUUUAGUUUUUUUCCCUUGGAGCCACUAUUAUUUGUGGGAUUCAGGUUUGUCAAUAAUUUCAAUGUGUAGAUAACUAAACAGUAAACAAACUGUUUUGUGUGUUGUUCCAACUUCCAACAGAUCUCCCGGUUCAUUCCAUGUACUAACUUGAAUGAACCAACUUCUAAUGACAGUUGAGUUUAGUAAGGAAGCAAGUAAAUCUUGACUAUAGAGUCGAAUAAGAGGCUAUGGGGUUAUGUGUUA